AUGACCGUAACCGAAGUUGGCUGCAUGGUCGUCAAGCCCGGUAUGAACAUCAUGGACCAUACCACCCCAGAGGGCAAGAUUCUGACUGACGCUUGGAAAACCGUCAUCAGCAAGCCGGGUGGGCCUCAGCGAGUCUACUGGGGCUUGGAAUCAGUUGACCCAUCGAAGAUCUGGGGCUUUUUCGACUUUGAUUCAGUCGAGCAACAUCGACGCUUCGCGGAGGAAUAUGGCGCAAAUGCAGUCAAGGAGAUUCCCAAAAUCUGCACUCAUGGAGAGUUCUCAAAGCAUAUCAAGAUGAUCCCAUCCUCAGACGUUCUUGAGUCACCUCUGACAGAGAUUGUACUAGCAUACUUCCCCCAAGACAUCUCAGAGGAAAAGAAAGGAACUCUCUCAUCCAAGAUUCAGGAAAUUCUCAGACAAGUUUUUCCUGGCGAGGCUAGAGUAGCUCAUGCCUGGGGCGUGGAGAACGACUUUCCAGCAAGAAGCGAAGAUGGAGUACCGAGAUCAGUUCUCAUGGGUUUUGUUGGACUUCCUCAUUCUGAAGCUUGGGGAAAUCAUCAGAAGACGGAUAGCUGGAAAGAGGCACUCUCAGACCAGCCUAAUCCUCGUCUUUACCACGGUAUGAUGGAGAAACUCACCACUCCAAGCGGUGUCCUCGACCAAAAACACAAGACUCCCCACGAAACUUCGUCAUUCAAUCACGAAGAACUCAACCGAGACCGCCCGACAUGUUUUCCAAAUCUCUCAUCAGAGCUAGGCUUUAUCUUUGUGGUCGUGGGAUCGAUAGCUAUCAGCGAGUAUUUUGUUUCUGGCUUUCCCAUCGUUUUGUCUUCGUUGGCGGAUACUUCGCAUGAGGUUAGGACGUGGUCUGCUGCUGUUAUCAAUCUUACUGCGGCUGUUUUGACACUUCCUUUCGCUAGACUCUCCGAGAUUCACGGGGGAAGGUUUAUCUUUCUAGGUGGUCAUGCUUGGUCAAUUGUUUGGUCCAUCAUUGCUGGCUUCAGUCAGAAUCCUUCUAUGCUUGUCGCUUGUCGAGCAAUGCAGUGUUUAGGACCUUCAGCUUUCUUACCGUCUAGUGUCCUUAUCAUAUCGCGCAUUUAUCGUCCUGGUCCGCACAACACUCUUGUUUUCAGCAUAUUUGGAGCCUUUUCCUGCAUCGGUUUCUACUCUGGAAUCUUCUUUGGCGCAUUGUCCGCUCAUGCCCUGGGCUGGAAAUGGUAUUUCUUCAUUGGUGCAUUCUUUUGUACCAGUAUCUUCAUCACUGGUCUUUUGACUAUUCCAAGGAGCUAUGAGUGUCCACGGCUUGACCUCGAGAUGGAUUGGUUAGGUACGGCUACUGUUGUACCGGGCCUUGCGUUGGUGGUGUAUGCAUUGACUGGUGGAGGAAACGCCCCUUACGACUCUGUUGCCUUGAUCUUGGGUAUCACGUGUCUUGCGCUGUUUGUUUACGUUGAGAGAUGGAGGGCAAGUAAGCCUCUUAUUCCAGCAGUGGUUUUUAACACGAAGUACAUGAGUCGAUUGACCGUUGCACUAUUCGUCUCCUAUGGAUCUCUCAGCCUGGUACUUUUCUACGCCAGCUCCUACAUCGAAUCAGUCCUAUAUACUGGACCUUUGUUGACCACCGCUUGGUUAAUUCCUCUAGCAGCUGGAGGUUUCAUCCUUGCUGUCACCGGCGGCUUUGCUCUUCAUAUCCUCAACGGACGACGAUUCCUCAUCAUCUUCUGUCUUGGUUUCCUCGGCUCGUCGAUUCUAUUUUCAAUCAUACCUGACAGCAGAAUAUCAAACUCAUUCCUCGGCUGGACAUUCAUCUUCCCAGCCAUGAUUCUCGCAACAGUCGGGGUAGACAUUACCUUUAACAUACACAGCUUCAUUAUCACAACAUCCCUACCUAAUCAUCUACAGACAUUGGGAGGUGCAUUGGUCACCAGCCUACUCUACCUCGGCAUGGCAUUUUGGCUGGGUGUUAUUGAGAUAGCAACAUCGGCACAAAAAGAGGUCAAGGUUGCCAAAAAUCUUGAUGCACCAAGUCAAUGUCAGAUUGGGUUCUGGACUGGUACUGGACUGGCUUUGAUUUUCAUCACGGUGCAAAUACAGUCGGGCGAGGCUGAUUUGGCCGCUGAUGAGAAAGCACAGAGAGAAUGGCAGAUGGAUGUUAGGCAGAACAUGGAGUGA